UGUUGCAAUAGACCGCUUAAAAUAUGACCUUAACUUCGUACCAAGCACCUCCUCAAGGGGCAUUUUAUAGAACGCUAAAACAUUUUCAAUUUGCGUUUAACUGGCCUCGGACCAACGAUCUGGAUUUGAGGAAACGUCACAACUUAUACAACUUUUUGUUCAAAUUAGUAUCGCUAUUUAAUUUAAUCUCUAUCAUGGCCCAUUUCAUCGUCAAUCUUAAGGAUAACAAUUUUGACGUUUUGGUGGAAGAUCUCGCUUUGGGUAGCGCCUAUGUGGGGGCGAUGUCUGCUCUCAUUUUAAUCGGAUUGAAUGAAAAAAAAUGGUCACAUUUCUUCAGGAGACUUCUGGAUUUCCGAAAAUUUGGCACGCCACCGACCUAUGAAAAAAUGGUGAAACGGUACAAUUUGUAUUCGAUCAUCAUUUAUGUAUAUGGAUACUUAGGAACAAGCCUGUAUUGCUUCAUAGAACUCACGGACACCGCGAAUUGCGAAAAACUUAAUCGCGAAGGACGUAAUGAAAUCUGUGGGACGGUGGCACCGUUUUACUGGCCUCGGGAACUAACUACGAUGGAAAAAAUCAUCUUAAAUGUAAUACAAGUGGCGUCGAUAUUGCUAUACAGCCCACAGUCUGCAAUUUUAAUUAUUUUUCCUUCGGAAGCCGUGGACCUAUUGAAGACAAGAGUCAAGCACUGCGCGCAUAUGUUUCUCGUCUUAUUCGAUGACCCCGACGAAGACCAUCAAACAUUGGCCAACAGGUUGAGUUUUUGUGUCGAAUAUCAGAUCGAGUUGUUAAAUAUCGCCGAGGCCUUUAACGGUGCAUUUAAACGAUGUAUUAUGCAUGUUUCUAUAACCGCAACGGUUGUGAUUGCAUGCAUUCUAACCCAACUGCUAACAACUUAUAAUUUGGGAGCCGUUACGCACGUCGGCGGUUGGAUAUCCGGAAUUUUCCUGAUGUGUCGGGCAGGACAAACUUUUCGCGAUAUGCUGGGCGCUGUCGGGGAAGCUGCGUAUUUUUCAAACUGGUAUAACAUCGAUAGUGCCUCCAUUAAAAAAACCAUUGAGAUUGUCAUUUUGAGGUCUCAGAAACCAGUUAUUUUGGAAGCGAUUCCCUGCGGCGAACACAACUAUGACUUUUUUGUAAACCUGACUAAAACCUCCUAUUCUUACUUAAAUUUGAUGAAUUUGUAAAGUCCAUCUAUUAUACUAUGUUCGAUGCACAUGCUUGUUAAUCUAGAAAUAAACACGAUUGCUCG